CACAAAAACCGAUAAAAAAAAAAUACCCAACCAUUGAAUAAAAGAGAAAAAGCUACCAAAGAAAAGAGAGAGAAAACGAGUAAAGGGUAGUUGGGGUACUUUCAAAAGAAGAAUUAAUAAAGCAAUUCAUCCAUUUUCAUGGCGGAAACUAGUCACAAAUUUCCGCCAUGGUAAUUUUCUUCAAGCUUUAAUUUCACUACCCUUCACUAUAUCUCAUCCUCCGACGGCGGAGCGGCGGCUUAGCGUCUUCCAUUAACAGCCAUGGCUGACGCCGCCAAGGCUUCACCACUAUAGCUAAAUCAAUCAGUUUUUGAGCUUAAUUUGGUAACUAGGGAUAAAUUGAGUAAUGAUUACUGAACAAAAACACUUGUUAAGAUCUCUUCGGAGAAGUCACACUUCUACACCUUCAUCAUCUUCAUCAUCUUCAUCUUCUCCGUCGCAAUCAUCUUCUUCAUGGAUUCAUUUAAGAUCGGUUUUUUUUGUAGUUACUAAUUCCUCUUCUUCAUCCCCAUUUUCUAGUGAUCGGUCAAGUCUUAAAUCUCCGUGGUCAAGGCGGAGGAGAAAACGUGCCCUUCUACCCAAGCAUUGGAAACACUUGUUUGAACCCGAUGGUAGACUGUCCAAUGGCGGGAUUAAAUUUUUGAAGAAAGUUAGAAGCGGAGGUGUUGAUCCCAAUAUUAGAGCAGAGGUUUGGCCAUUUCUUCUUGGAGUUUAUGACUUGAACAGCACAAAGGAGGAAAGAGACUCCACUAGAAACCAGAAAAGGAAAGAAUAUGAAAACUUGCGAAGACGAUGUUGCCGAAUUUUAAGACGCAGCGUUGCAAACUUCAAGGUGAAUGAGACUGCAGAAGAUAGCAAUGGUGGCAGUGGUGGUUUUUUCAGUCAAGAUUUGAACACUAUAGAGUCAUAUGACAUAAGCAGUGCAAGAACUUCAAAUGAUGGAGAUAAUCCAUCUGAUUCCGAUGGGCCUAUUUGGGAUCCUGAAAUCUUACCCUCUGUUGCUUCAUUUGGAGGAGAAAAUAUUGAAUUGACAGGUGAAGAUGGUUCCGGUGCUAGUUCUGUAUCAUUGGAGUCUGAGUCAUCUGAAGACGGUGAAGACGGUGACAAUGUACCUUUUCUGAGUGCUGAAGAAUUCGAACUAAAUGAUCUAGAUGAGAAUCCAGUUUCUUCUCUUCCAAAAGAAGAGAGUGGAUUGAAUUUCUCUUCUGAAGAUUUUGCCACAUGGCAGAGAAUUAUCCGUGUUGAUGCACUUCGGGCAAAUCCUGAAUGGAUUGUAUACAGCCCUUCCCAGGCUGCAGUCUCCGAAGCUAAGGCUAGACAGCACGCAGAGAAAGUUGGCUUGAAAGAUUACGAUCACUUAGAACCAUGCAUGAUAUACCAUGCUACUCGACUUGUUUCUAUCCUUGAAGCUUAUGCCCUUUAUGAUCCCGAGACUGGCUACUGCCAGGGGAUGAGUGAUCUUCUGUCUCCCAUUAUAUCGGUCAUAGAGGAGGACCACGAAGCAUUCUGGUGCUUUGUUGGUUUCAUGAAAAAAGCGAGGCACAACUUCCGACUUGACGAGGUGGGAAUCAGAAGACAGCUUGGUCUUAUAUCCAAGAUCAUUAAAUGCAAGGACUCCCAUCUUUAUAGUCAUUUGGAGAAGCUUCAAGCAGAAGACUGUUUCUUUUUGUACAGAAUGGUGGUCGUACUUUUCCGAAGAGAGUUGACUUUUGAGCAGACACUUUGUCUCUGGGAGGUCAUGUGGGCUGACCAAGCUGCAAUCAGGGCUGGAAUCAGCAAGUCGGCAUGGGGGAAAAUGCGGCUGAGAGCUCCCCCAACUGACGAUCUACUUCUCUACGCUGUAGCAGCAUGCGUGCUGCAGAGAAGGAAGUUAAUACUAGAGAAAUACAACAGUAUGGAUGAAAUAAUAAGGGAUUGUAAUAACAUGUCCGGAAAUUUGGAUAUCUGGAAACUCUUGGAUGACGCUCAUGACUUGGUGGUGACUUUGCAUGACAAAAUUUAACUACACCCAAAUUUCAGGUUAAGGAUGUUAGGAUGGAACUUCAUCGGGCUUGUGUGCAAUCAACUCUCCCGUUGUACAAGUCUUGUAGUGUACAAGCCCAAUGACAAAUCUAUCAAGGGACAUUGUGUUUCGUUCCUUUUUUCUUUCUUAUUUUUGUAUUCAUUUGUUGUAUUAUGGUUUCAGGAUCUCCCCUGAGCCAAUCUGGAACUAUAUAUCCGUUGCUUGGAAAGAAAAGCAUUACUGAUACUGUGAUACACUUAUGUAUCAUCCUUAAUUAUGAAAUUUGUCAAUGUACUAAUUGCCCGCUCUCAGGAUUAACUUGAGUGAUGGAGGCGGAAUUCUAAUACUAGUGCAACCGGUAAACUUGUGUAGUCUGUCGAUUCCCAUUGUUUGUUUCAAAAUCAUUGAAUCUCAGCUUAGUUUAGUUUUCUAUUUGAUUAUCA